AUGACAUGGCAAGUGUUCAACAAAGCAAGAAUAUCGGGUUUGUUAUGGUGCAAACUGGAGGCGCGAGAGGAAAUGCCUUGUCUAACUAAAGAUUGUAGGAAUUUUAUUGAUCGAUCAAUGAGGAGAAGGCUCGGAGAUGAAGGUGAUGAUAUAGCUUUUUUAAAGAUAUUCUUGAAAAUGAAAGAGUGCGACGGAGAUUUCUUCUACAAAGUUGAAAAUGAUGAUGAAGAUUGGUUACGUUGCAUGGGCGAUGUUGUACCAAAAGCCAUCAUCAUCGAUCAAUGCAAGAGCAUCGAUAAAGCUAUUGCAUAG